GCUGAACCCCGCCGCGCGCGCUUUGAAUUUCCCGGAGGCUACGCGCCUCUCUUGGCCAGCGCUCCAGGCAGACCGGUGCGGAGACCCGUCUGACAGCGGACUUCAGACAGGCAGGAUCCAGCAGAGGGUCGUCCCGAUCCGGCACCUGUCGCCAGAUGUGGUGCCUGGAGAAGCUCUGCUUGGGUCCUGACCGCCUCCGCCGGGGCGGGCACUGGCUUCUCCUGGGUCGGGCCCGGGGCGCCAGCGGCCGCACCACCGCCGCGUGCGCAAACGUGCUCACACCGGAUCGCAUACCCGAGUUCUGUAUCCCACCGAGACUCGUGCCCAGCCUGGCCUUGGCUGCGCUCCGGGAUUCUUGGGGAGAAAAGGCAGAGACGGACGAAGGCGCCGCCCCCACCGACUGGGACCCGCGCUCGCAGGCGGCGCUCUCGCUGCCGCACCUGCCCCGCGCGCGCACCGCCUACGGCUUCUGCGCGCUGCUCGAGAGCCCGCACACCCGCCGCAAGGAGUCGCUCUUCCUCGGGGACCCGGGCGCCGCCGCGCUCCUCCGGCCCCCCGCCGCCCGGCCCGCGCCCCGUCCCCGGGCCCACACCUAUAGUGGCGGCGGCCGAGAUUCCCCGGUUGUGCCCGUGAGACCGGAUCCUGCCGUCACCUCCGCAGCCCUGGGCUGCCCCAGCCCUCCCCGAGACGCGAUCUCCCCGCGGUGCCGCGGCUGCCGCCUCCUGCGCGCCCCCGACGGGCUGCUGAGCCGCGCGCUGCGGGCCCGGAGGAGUCGCGGUCUGGCCCGCGCCCGCUCAGUCUCCAGCGGGGACGAGGACGAGGAGCGCGGCGCCGACCCGGAACCCCCCACCCGAGCCCCCUCCGAGCGCCCGCCGUCGCUCCCCGGCCCGCGGCCCGAGCGCCUGGAGGCCGAGGGCACCGUGGCUCUGGCCCGCGCCGGCGGCGCCCUGCGCCUGGCCGCCGAGUACUGUCCGGGCAGCGGGCGCCUCCGCAUCCGCCUGCUCCGCGCCGAGGGCCUGGCCGGAGGCGCCUCCGAGCCCCGCGCCGUGGGCUGCCGCAUCAGCCUGGUCCUGCAGCCGCCCCGCACGACGCGCAGGCAGCGCAGCUCCGUGCUCCGGCGGAGCCGCAAGGCCGCCGUCGGCCAGGACUUCUGCUUCGACGGGCUCACGGAGGACGAGGUGCGCCGCCUGGCCGUGCGCGUCAAGGCCGAGAACAAGGGCCGGGGCCUGGAGCGGGGCCGCCUGCUGGGCCAGGGCGAGCUGCCGCUGGGCGCCCUCCUGCUCCUCUGAGGGCCCGGGCCUCCCUCGGGGCGCUUUCUGCCGGCUGGGGGACUCUGGACUCUGACAGCUGCUUUGUACAAAGUAAACGUGUAUUUUUU